CCUGAAGAUCAGUUGCAUUUUGUUAGGAAAUUGAAGUGGUUUGUUAAUUUUUAAAAAAAUAAAUGAUUUUAGUUAAAACACAAGUUUUAUAAGAUAAUAUACAAAAAAAAUUAACUUCAAAAGAUACAAAAUUAUUAACAGUCCCUUAGGACACUUUAAGAAAAUAUUUUGCUAAGAAUUUUAGUCCUUAAAAAAUGUGUAAUAAAUUGAAACUGUUAAAUCUAUUCAUAAUAGUGGCUGUAUGUAGUUGUACAAUAUCGGCUGAAUUCGAAACGACUACAACCCAUAGUGGGCGUGGAUUUUUAAACGACAACGGUUUAACACGCACCAUACAUCACAUACUAAAUCAGUGUUUAAGUAAAGAUGAUGUGGUAUGGUGUUUCAAAGUUCAAGGAGCUAAACUGCUGGGUCGUGCCUUAAAAUUUCAAAAUAUUAACAUCAUUGAAGGCGUGGCUUUGGUGAAGAAAAACGAUAGUGAAUUGAGAUCUGGACGUGCAAGUGUUACAGAUCUUAAACUUAAUAAUCGAGACUUGGAAAAUCUCUCUAUGAAAAGUUUGGAUUCUCUGCUAAUGGAAAGAUUUCUAUCGUUUAUACGCUCGCGACAACUACAAGUUAACAUGCCACGCCUAUUGGCUUUUGGCAAAACGAACAGUCAGGAUUUGUGGCAAAGUAUUAUGGAUUUUUUCACCUCUAAUGAUGAUUCAAGUGCUGAAUCUGAAGGACGUAAGAAAAAAGAUGAUAAGAAAUAUUUGGGCCCCUUUAUAGCAGCAGUAAUGUUAAAGGCUGCAAUUUUAAAAAUGGCCUAUCAUUCGAUUGCCAUAGUUGCUGGCAAGGCUUUGAUAGUGGGUAAAAUUGCUCUUAUCAUUAGUUCUAUAAUUGGUCUUAAGAAAUUGGUCUCAAAUGAGGGUGGCGAGAAGACUACCUAUGAAAUUGUUAAACAUCCUCAAGUCCAGCAAAGUCAUACAUACUCAUCUAGUCAUGCGGGUGAUUAUGAAGGUCAUGAUGGUGGUUCCUCGUACCAUCGCAGCAUGGAUGAUGAAAUGAUGAUGCAAGAUAAGUCCUAUAAUGCUUGGGUGCCGUCCAGUGCGUAAAUCCUAAAGAAAACUAAUAAACACACUCUCCUAGUAUAAGUCAAAUAUAUAAUUAUUCCAGACAGAGUGGAAUUUAAAAUGUAUUGUAAUUAUUUUGCAUAAAUUAUAAGUUAGAUAUUGAAAAACAGUUGCUUAAUAACGAAUAUUCGUUCGAUUUAAAUUGUUAGUCGAAGGCAUAGAAAACAGACAUAAAUAACAUAGUAUUUGAUUUAAGGUGUUUGAAAAUGUAUGUUGCAUCUCGGAAUAAGUGAUGAAUUUUGAUCAGAAAGAAGAAACAGAAUCAGAAAUAGGGGAAAAUUUAUAAGUGAGGACUUUAGAAGCAUUAUUUAUGUAAAGACGGUCUAACUGUUGAUGCACGAAAUACAUUUAUUGUGACAACAAAAGUGUAAUGUAUAUUCAGAUAAAUUUAAAAUGAUAUAAUUUUUUCUUAUUCCCAAAUAUAUGAAGUUUAAUGUUUUGUAAACGAAAAAUUUAAAUUUUAAAUGAUUUUAAUGAAACCGAACAUCUUUUUCCAUUACAAGUUCUUAUCAUUUUAUUAUCAUAUAAGGUGAAAGUUUUUUUUUUCAAAUUUAAUUACACACAAUAAUUGAAACAUUAACUAUGCAUAUCAAUGAAACAUUUUAAUCAUUUAAUGAUUAUAGUACUCACACCAAAGAUAUAUUUUGUUAUUAAACCAAAGUUAAUAAUUUUAACUGAUUUUUUUUUUUAAUUUACUUACCAAAACGAAUCAUUAAACCAUAAAUAGCGUGUGUUGCAUGCAUCAUCUUCGUUAGCAUGUGAAAUUUAAUCUAGUUUAUUUUAUUUAUAUAUUAAAUUAUUUUAUUAUAUUUUUUGCGUGUGUUUUAAGUUUAAGUUAUU